UUCUUAACUGCGUUCAUUCUGUUUCUGUGUUUUCGCUUGCUCCAUUGUCUUGCCCCGAGAAGCUUUCCAUUGAAAAUGCGGUGCCAGUUGCUCUGGACGACACUCCUUACCGGCGGGCUCUCCUCAGCCCAAAUUUUGUUCCAGCGGGGACAGAAAUGGCAAAUAAUACUUGGCGGCACACCGGACAUGUCAAAAGCGCCUCUGGCGCCGAUUGAUGCUACGGUAUGGGACAUUGAUCUCUUCGACAAUGAUGCUGCGACUAUCAAGGCAUUAAAGAAAACUGGGGAUCUUGUGAUUUGCUACUUCAGUGCUGGCACAGUGGAAGAUUGGAGAGACGACGUGAAAGAUUUCCCCAAAGCAGACGUGGGAAAGGUCUUGCCAGAGUGGCCUAAUGAGAAAUGGAUACGCACCGGAAGUUCGAAAGUUAGAGAAAUCAUGGCGAAGCGUAUAAAAAUUGCCGGCGAUAAGGACUGCGAUGCUAUCGAUCCUGACAACAUUGACGGAUAUCAAAAUGACAACGGCCUGAAUCUGAACAGCAAUGACGCGAUUGACUACAUGAAAUGGAUGCGCAUAGAGGCUGCUAAAUACAACAUGAAAAUCGGACUCAAGAAUGCCCUUGACAUCAUCGAUGCCUUGACUCCCUUCAUCGAUUUCGCAGUCAAUGAACAAUGCGCCCAACACGUCGAGUGCGACCGAUACAACGCUUUCCUUGCAUCUAACAAGCCUGUUUUCCACAUAGAAUAUCCCACGACUCUCAAUGUCGGGCAAGUCAACACUUCGUAUUGCAACGGGCCCGGGACUUCUGGAAUGAGUUCAAUUCUGAAGAAUCUCCUUUUGGACGGCGCCACUAUCUACUGCGAUGGGAGUGUAGUGGAUACACCUACCAAAGGUGGCUCCGGUCCACCUCGCCCAACAACGAAGCCUACGAAGCCUCCUCCGACCUCCACGCCGAAACCACCACCUACAACAACACCUAAACCACCCACGACAACCCCAAGGCCUCCUACGACAACAUCCAGGCCGACUACUACCAGAACAACGACUCAAAGACCACCGACAAGUACACCAGGGAAUCCGGGAGGUUGCAAGCAAAAACACUGGGAUCAAUGCGGCGGCAACGACUGGAAAGGAUGUACAGUCUGCGAGUCUCCAUACACUUGCAAAGGAGUUUCGGCACCAUGGUACUAUCAAUGUCUGUGAG